AGUAUAUAAUGAAGUACUCUGUGGUUAAUAUUACCUAUUAUUAACUUUAUGGUUUCGGUUUUGUUUACAAAAAAUCAAAAAAUCUGUAAAAAGGGGUAAACGAAUAAUUACCACGAUUUAUGUAGUUAUAACAGAUCAUUAACUGAGAUUUAUAAUUAUCAUUUAUACACGAGGAUAUAAUAAUGGAAGGCUCAAGAAAAAAUGUCCGCUGCACAGCAUUACAGUUAAAAAUACUAGUGGACUACAUGAUUGAAAACCCUGUCUUUGCUUCUGGGGAGUGCACUGGCCUGUCUUCAGCAAAGAAACUAGAAGAAGAAUGGACCACCCUGGCCGCUACUUUAAGCGAACACGGACCAGACAAAACAAUACAACAGUGGAAAGUGACAUGGCGAGACUUGAAGAAGAAGGCGAGAGCUGACGGGCUGAGAGUUCUACAGGCGUACAACGAUGGUGUCGGCAAAACUGACUCAAUACUGACACUGUCAGACCAGUCACUGAAAGUGUUGAAGGCCAUCGGCCACGAAGCCGCGGAGAGAAUAGAGAUGGUCAUUGCAGAGAGUGGUACUUCGGCAUACCCGAUACAAACUACGCUUGUGCCAAGCCUGAGUGCCGUGGCAGCUACAGAGUCAAAUAAUUUGACAACAACACAAAUAUUUAAAAAUGAAACAUGCGACAGCGAACAAGAGAGAGUUCCUAGAAAGAGACGGAGAAGCGAGGAGAGAGUGAAAGAAAAAGAGAAAAAUUCUAUAGACAAAGAGAGAAACGUGAAGAAAGAAACAGAAAAAAACAAAAAUGCCUUAGAGCUAAGAACAGGCCGAGAUGAAUUUGACAUAUUCGGUGAACAUGUAGCUAUGAAAAUAAGAAAUCUGAACAACUCAAAUGCUAAACAUAAAACGCAAUAUUUAAUAAAUAACAUACUUUAUAAUGCCGCCAUGGGUGAGUAUGAUUCAAAUAACGAUCCUUUGAGUUUUUCUGAAAGUAGUAGUCAAGUGGUCAGAUUGAGUAGCAGAGAAAUGUUUGUUAAAAUUAAGCAUGAAUGAUCCAAAAUGUCUCACUUAUUGUCGUUACGUAUGUAACUUGUUAGAUAAAUAAAAAAAAUUAUAUAUAAAUACAGGUUAUAUAAGUUAUUUUUAAGUUAUGUAAAUAACUACUAGGUGA